AUGCUAGUUGGACAAGAUAUAAAACCCACUUGGAAUUUGCUCUUCUCUGGAAGGAGAGUCUUUUGCAAAAAAGGAUGUGAUGCUGAUGGAGAGACAUGGGAUGAAUGUCUGUCAGAAUGUGAGGAGAUAUGCUAUAAAAAUCCAGUUCUGAAGGAUCAACAGUGGAGUGCUUACAUUGAUCGAUCCCCUGGUGCCGCCAGCUGCUCUGAGGAAUGCUUUCAUGCUUGUGUAGCUGGCUGUGCAUACAAGUUUGAUGUUCCUUCCCAGAAAGUUGAUCAAAUCCAUCCAAGCAGGCCCCCACAGCCUCCUCCCAAAGAGAAGCAAGCCACGCCUGCUGUGAAAAGAAUACAACCCCGGGGGUCCAGCCAAAACGUUGAUGACAUACCUGGGACAUCCGCGUAACAGCAACCGAUCUAACAGUGUAGACAACUCGGAAUGCAUUUAUUCUGCUAGGAUUACUGGCACAAAUCUAAAUUUUGUCACAUAUCAGAGGCAGUAGUAAUUUAGUCUCAUUGAGAGCUCAUUGAAAAGUUGGCAAGUUUUUUGAAACUAACAAGCAAUCGUAGACUAGUGUUACAUAUUAUCAUGAGAAGAACUUUGUGUACAACUUAGCUAAAAAUGUAGUCUCAUUACAACAUGCAUCAAGUAUGUAAUAUGCUUAAUGGGACAUUAUUUUCAUUGCCAGAACACUAAAUUACUUCA